UCCUCUUCCCACGCCCCAGUGCGCUGUGGGAUAGUGGCAGUAUAUCCUUUCCUCGGAGAGAGAUAAGAAGCCGAGGCAGGAGAGGGGAUGAAGAUGGCGGACGCCAAGCAGAAGAGGAACGAACAGUUGAAACGAUGGCUGGGCUCGGAGACGGACUUGGAGCCGCCCCUACUGAAAAAGAAGAAGACGAAGGUGAAGUUCGACGAGGGCGCCGUCUUUUUGGCUGCCUGUUCGAGUGGCGACACCGAAGAGGUGCUCAGGAUGCUGGACCGGGGAGCUGACAUCAACUACGCAAAUGUGGACGGUCUUACAGCUCUACAUCAGGCCUGCAUAGACGAUAACGUGGACAUGGUGACCUUCCUGGUGGAGCACGGGGCCGGCGUCAACCAGCCGGACAACGAGGGCUGGAUCCCGCUGCACGCCGCCGCCUCCUGCGGCUACAUGGACAUCGCCCAGUAUCUGAUCGGCCAGGGGGCGCACGUGGGCGUGGUCAACAGCGAGGGGGAGACGCCGCUGGACAUCGCCGAGGAGGAGGCCAUGGAGGAGCUGCUGCAGAACGAGAUCAACCGCCAAGGUAGGGCCCCCCCCGCCCUGCUACGCCGAGGUUUUAAGAGUCCCCCCGAGGUUUUAAAGCUUUUAAUCCAGGCGGGGUACGAUGUGAACAUUAAAGACUACGACGGCUGGACCCCCCUGCACGCCGCCGCGCACUGGGGCAAGGAGGAGUCCUGCCGCAUCCUGGUGGACAACCUGUGCGACAUGGACGCCAUCAACAAAGUGGGCCAGACGGCCUUUGAUGUGGCAGAUGAAGAUGUCCUCGGCUACUUGGAAGAACUGCAAAAGAAGCAGACUCUGCUCGUGAGCGAGAAGCGCGACGUGAAGAAGUCUCCUCUGAUCGAGACCACCACCACGGCCGACAACAACCAGAUACUCAAACCCCUCAAGAGUGAGGAGACGGUCCUGCUGGUGCCGGAGAAGGUGGCCCCCCGCAUUGAGUCCCUGGAGCAGGAGAAGGCCGACGAAGAGGAGGAAGAGGAGGGCAAAAAGGACGAGUCGAGCUGCUCCAGCGAGGAGGAAGAGGAGGAGGACUCCGAGUCGGAGACCGAAGCAGAGAAGAACAAGCCCACGAGCAGCACGAACAGCACACCUUCCGCGCCCCCCAGCGUCACCGUGUCCUCCCCGACCACCCCCACCAACCAGGUGACCCCCACCUCGCCUGUCAAGAAGUCUGAUUUUGUCGCUCCGCUCGUGGGCGUGACCGGGCCAAGCGAUCCCGCACUCUGGCGUAAGGGCUUGCGCAAAACCGGCAUUUCUCUUGUGCCCAAAAAACCGAUGCAGGCUCCUCCCAGCGGGAAGGCGUCCUCCAGGGAGGACGACCGGAAGGACGAGUCGCCGUCGUCGUGGCGACUGGGCCUGCGGAAGACGGGCAGCUACGGCGCGCUGGCGGAGAUCGCCGCCGCCAAGGAGGCGCAGAAGGAGAAGGACGUCUCCGGGGUGAUGCGCUCCGCCUCCAGCCCCCGCCUGUCCUCCACGCUGGACAACAAGGACAAGGACAAGGAGAAGGAGAAGGAGAAGAACACGCGGCUGGCCUACGUCGCCCCCACCAUCCCCACCCGGAGAUUCGCCAGCACGUCGGACGCGGACGAGAAGGAGAACAGGGACUCUGCUGCUAGCCUGGUGCGCAGCGGCUCCUACACCCGGCGGCGCUGGGACGACGACGCCAAGAACAGCGAGGGGACCGCCUCCCAGAACAGAGCGCCCAGCUACCAGCGCAGCACGUCCCACUCGCUAGCGAUAGGGCGGAGCAGCAGCGUUCGAGACGUGCCGGCAAAGUCCUCGUCCGCCACCAGCUUGGACCCUAACGCCUGUAACGCUAAGCCAUGGCAAUCGCCCUCGUCCCAGUACAGCAUCUAUAGAAGCAGCUCUUUUGGCAGGAGGGUUGAUGACGCCCUGGGCUCCUCCACCACCUCCUCCACCACCACCUCCACCUCCUCCUCCAUUACCUCGCCAUCGGGCACCCGGAGCUUGCUGUCCGGCACCGGUUCUGGCACCGGCACCUCCUCCUCCUCCUCCCGCACCGGCUCCUCCAGCAUCACCAGCAGGUUCUGGACAGAUGACAGUGCGGAUAAGGAGUCCGCUGCAGUUAUUCCUACGGUUGUAAAUACAGCGUCUACCACCACCACUACGUCCAGCACCAGCACUGUCCCCUCGUCUGACGGCAGGGAGAGGCGCAGAUCGUACCUCACUCCCGUCCGGGACGAAGAGUCCGAGUCCCAGAGGAGGGCCCGGUCCAGGCAGGCCAGGCAGUCCAGACGCUCCACUCAGGGCGUGACUCUGACGGACCUCCAGGAGGCCGAGAAGACCAUCGGGCGGAGCCGCCAGACCCGAGCCCGCGAGGAGGAGAAGGAGAAGGAGGAGAAGGAGAAGCAGGACAAGGAGAAGCAGGAGGAGAAGAAGGAGGCGGAGACCAAGGAGGACGACUACAGGUCGCGCUACCGCAGUUAUGAAGAGACGUACCAGCGCUACCGCCCGUCCUCCACCUCCAGCGCCCCCACGCCGGCCUCCUCCGCCUCGCUGUCCUCCUCCGGCAGCUCCCUGAACAGGCCCAACAGCCUGAGCGGCAUCACCUCGGCCUACCCCAGCCAGGGCAGGACCUCGCGGGAGACCCAGAAAGAGCUGGAUAAGAAGGAGGAGGAGAAGGAGGGCGAGGACAAGUCCCAGCCCAGGUCCAUACGGGACCGGCGCCGGCCGCGGGAGAAGAGGCGCUCCACCGGAGUGUCCUUCUGGACUCAGGACAGCGACGAGAACGACCCGGACCGCCAGUCGGAUUCGGAGGAGGGCAGCAACCGGAGCGAGGCUCAGAGUGACCGACUGUCGAGGGGCGACUCUGGACUGACUGGCACUUCUACCGAGCGAUACGAACGCGGCUACAGCGAAGGCAGGAGGCCCUAUCUGAGCAGGCUGGAGAGGGACGACACCACUGACUACAAAAAGCUUUAUGAACAGAUCCUAGCUGAGAACGAGAAGCUGAAGGCCCAGUUACGCGACUCUGAGCUGGAGCAGUCGGACCUGAAGCUGCAGCUGGAAAAGGCUACGCAGCGGCAGGAGAGGAUCGCUGAUCGGUCACAGCUGGAAAUGGAAAAAAGGGAAAGAAGAGCUCUAGAAAGGAAGAUCUCUGAGAUGGAGGAGGAACUAAAGACGCUACCAGACUUGAAAGCGGACAACCAGAGGCUAAAGGACGAGAACGGAGCCCUGAUUCGAGUCAUUAGCAAACUUUCCAAGUAGCCCUGCUCCCCCCCCCCCCACACACAUUGCAGCGACCCGUGGCAUUGCACAUUUUUAGACGUUAAUUGCGACAGACAUCAGCUACGAGAAGGCUCCCCCACACGCAUUCACAGUCACCAGUAGCCCUCCCCUGCCCCCUGCCCCCCCCCCCCCCCCCCCCCCCGCUGGGUUCCUCCACUCCACCCUGCUGCAGUGCAGACAGAGCCGCCAAGUUUACACGCGAGCGAGAGAGAGCCGCACCAGUGGCACAUGAAAAUAUUGUGGGCAGGGACGCCUCAAAAAAAAAUAUUUAACCAGUAAGCCUUAGUUUGUACAUAAAAAAACACUUGCAUCAAAAGCUCUCAGCUGUCACAGAAGUUAUUUGACACUUUUUUUUUUUGGUGCCACAGUCUUUUUCCUUUUUUCUUGUUUUUUUUUUUUUUAACACAAGCUUAGAAGUGUUGUGUGCUGUGUGAUUUCUUCCCGACCGCACCCCUGCUUACCUCUUACGAGUAUUUCCUUCAUUUACCCGCCCCAUGUGACCGAAGCCCCGCCUACUUCCCGUGUAGGAAGUCUCAGCUCUUUAAAGGCUCUGCCACCCAGCAGAAGUCUCCCCAAAGACACUCCCGCCAUUUGAUUUUCCCGCCGUUUGGACGUUCCGGCAUCUCAUUUCCGUGCUAUUCCGCCUCUUCCGCAACACUGGCGCGCACGCGCACGCAAAAUGUUUCCCUCCGCCGAUGACUUCGUCUUUGAGAUUCUUCCUCCGGGAAGGAAAGUUCUUGCUGUACAGAGCAGGUGGACUGUGGCGGAAUUUAAGCUUUCACUUCAUGUGCAAUACGCAUUUUUUUUAUUUUUAUGAAAAUGCUUGAACGAGUCCAUCGAAAUAGAUUAUUCAGUUCUUUAUCUCCAUCGCUUCCCCGUUUCAUAGAUUUUUUUGUUUUGUUUUUGUUUGGUUUCAUUUUCUUUCUUUUUUAAAUUUCUAGUGUAGUUGUUGAUUUAUACCCUGUAUUUGUUCACUUUGUUUUAGCAGGUACUGAGUGAUGCUGUAUAUAUGUAUUGUUUGACACCAGCACAUGGCAUGCAUUUUGGUUCCCUUUGACAAAGCCCGUCUGUUACUAUUAAAAUAUACAAUCUCCAGAGGAUAACAAAAAGUGUUUUAACUACUUUGUUUUUAUAGUCUAAAAGUCAUUGAGUUGAGUAGAGCCGCUCUCACCAAGGGGAUGGCUAUCAGUAUUCAGAAUCAGUACUGGUCUUGUUUUUUUGUUGUUUUGUGAUCAGAUUUUUUUUUUUUUUUUUUUUUUAAUGUUCACAGUAAUUGUGACAAGAAUAAUAUAAUUGCUUCACUUCAUUUCACACGUUGUAUACAGUAUCUUUGGAUGGAAGAUUGCUUUUUUAAGCAGUGGUAUAUUAGUGUUGUCAUUAAAUUCUAGGAGUUUUUGAACCCAGUCCUUUUACAAUGUCAUCGUGCACUGUUAAUGCCGCGUGACGAGUCCUGUCCCGAGCAGGAGAACUUACCACUAUGUCAAAUAAAGACCAUGCAUCAAAACAUAUAUAUUAAAUGCAUUUCAGUGGCCUUUUAAAUUUACUGUAGUGAACAGAGAUAUUGCUGUAGUUUGCGGAUUGUUGGCAGUUUCCUCUUUUUGGUUUUGAUUUUCCAUUUUACUUUUUUCCCUUUUUUAAAACUUAACGCCAUCUUGUAAAAUACGUGAGUGACUUCAUAUUGGCGCACUGUGCUGUGACUACCAACCACUGAGGAGUUGAUUUACAAAAAUAAGACAAUUGUACAUUGUAAAGCUUGCAUUAGCUGUUGUAUUAUUAUUGAUUAUAUUGUAUACUUAAAUGUGAAUUUAUACCCCUUCAUAAAAGAGAGAGAGCGCGAAACAAGGUCGUCGUGUCGGAUAUUUUUAGUUGCAAACGCUGGGCAGUUGUCUUUUUUUUUUUUUUUUUUUUGGCGAUAGGUUCCGUGUAGGUGGGAGGUUGUGCUCUGACUACCAAGCUCAGGAUAUGUCGAUGUAUAAUAAUGUAACAACGCGAAUGUUCCGGUCAUGUACUGAUCUUGUAUAAUUGGACGGAGGGAAUGAUGGAUGCUAGCUAAUAUAUUGUGCAUGGAGAAUCAGAGGCAGAGUGAGGUUUGGGCGGUUAAGGUCGCGAGCAGUAAAGUUAGGAUGAACGCUAGUUCCGAGUGCACGCGCAGACUACGCAACGCUACUGUCCGACGUUUUAUUGUUUUAUAUUAACGUUAUUUAUUCUUUAAGAGGAGAAAAGUAAAAUGACUGGGGCUGUAGUGGUUCUAUUGGUAGAGCAGAGCAUACCCUUGACGUUGCAUGGAACCAGUUGCUGAAACGCAAUUAUUUUGGAGAAAAAACUGUAUUUUGACAUAUACAAAUAAAAAGGAAUAAAGUUA